AUGCCCUCUCACAUGGUGGAAGAGAAUGCGAAACAAGGCUGGGACCACCAAAGUCCCGUACCGGCUCCCAUCGCCCCCUCCGGCCUUUUAGAAAGUGUCAAUUUUGCCGAAGACCUCUUAUACUACCACCACCUCCGUGACAGCUCGGCUAACGGGCUACUCUCCACCCUAUUCCUGAACGACGUAUUUCAGGCCGAAUACCUCGACGGCGCCUUCUUUCCUGCUUCACAGGCCCUCUCGGCCCUUAGCGUCUGGAUUUCCAACGCGCCAGAACCAGUGGUUGCCAAGGCUUCUCUCCACGCCCUCGAUCAUGUCGUUACGACCUUAGGCUCCAUCCGCAGCCCCCAACUGGACGACAGUGAUAUCCAGCCCGCUCAGGCGAAAGCCUUUGUCUUGCCCCAGAGCCGGUACAUGAAGAUUUUUUGGCUUGCCACUAUCAUCUUCCUGGCCUGCUUUGAGCUGCAGAAAGGACAGCUGAAACUAUGGUACAUACACUGCCGCGCCGCCCUGGCUUUCCUUUCACAAAAUUUAAAUAGCGUCUAUGCCUCGGCUGCGGAUAAAUCCCUAACCCCAUUCCGACCGUCUUCUCUGCAUUCUGCCGCGCGUGAUUUAGCUGGAAGAGAAGUGGCGGGUAAUCCCCAGCAAUACACGCUUUGGCGACAGCAGGCCGAGAAUCUCAUCGGCGAGCUCAACAAGUGGCGCGAGAGCAUGCCUGAUGCCGAGGCGCCGCUGGCGCAAGACGAAAACAAAGGCAAAUCUUCCAGCAUAGUGGAAGGGUCCGACUUCUCAGUCACUCCGCUCACCCUCGUCCACGACUGA